AAAAGGAAAGUGUUUUCUACCGAACACAUUUCGAACAAGUACGCGUUCUCUCGUUGCCGUGGCAGCAGCGACUUCAGGAAGAACGAUCGGGCGAUUAAUGAUGGAUGCACGAGAGAUAGAUCUGCUGGGUGCCAACGAGAACAUAGUUGAAAUGCAGAAUUUGGAAGGAGAAGACUUUGCUGUUUCUAAGUCAUCGGAUGCUGAUGCAGAAUUUGACAUGGUUAUUGGAAACAUCGAGGAUAUUAUAAUGGAGGAUGAAUUCCAACAUCUUCAGCAGUCUUUCAUGGAGAAAUAUUACCAUGAGUUUGAUGACUCCGAGGAGAACAAGCUCAGCUAUACACCUAUUUUUAAUGAAUAUAUUGAAAUCCUAGAAAAACAUCUGGAACAGCAGUUGGUGGAGCGAAUUCCUGGAUUCAAUAUGGAUGUCUUCACUCAUUCACUUAAACAGCACAAAGAUGAAGUCUCAGGUGACAUACUAGACAUGCUACUCACUUUCACUGACUUCAUGGCCUUUAAAGAGAUGUUCAUUGAUUACAGAGCAGAAAAGGAGGGUAGAGGAUUGGACCUUAGUACUGGACUGGUGGUGAAGUCUUUAAAUUCUGCUUCCGCUUCAUCUCUGACCUCCAGCAUGGCCUCACAAUCGAACUGAACCAAUGGGCAUUACAUGUAAAUGAUCAGUCAACACAUGAUUAUCCCCAUGUAAAAAGAUGAAUAUUUAUUGAAAAUUCCUUUCUGACUCCUCCCAAAACAAACAUACACUGUUAUACUAACUUGACAGAAGGGAAUCAGUGUUUAAUUUAGGUUAAUGUUUAAACGUAACAUUCAGGUUAACUGUCAGCUUUUCCUCUAUAGCAGUAUUCAUAUGAUCUGUCCCUAAAUCCAGACUCAGUUUUCAUAUCUUGUUGGCCUACAGUGCAGCAAAACACUUGCGGUUUCUGACCAAACUGAUAAUGAGCAUAUGAAUAUCUCAAAAGCUGCCACUUUUUUAUAUAGAACCCCUUCAUUUUAAUGGUUAAAUCCUUAUAUAACAUAAUGUACCAAAAUAAUUCCUUUCACUUGACAAUCAAAAAGGGCUUUUCAUUACAAAAGUAUUAUACAAUGUGCCUGAUAUGACAACAGUUCUAAAAGACCCGUUUUUCAUUUACAAGACUUGCAGUUUCCCCAGGUGAAAUAUUACAGAAUUAAAAAAAAAUGGUGUUUAUACAGUUACCAGAAACGAUGCAAAUAAUCUCAUACAGUUCUUUAAUGUGACGUUGAGUUCAUGUUGAGUUGAGUGACAAUGAAAAGGAAAGACUCAAAGGAGCUUUUCAAAAUAAUACUUUUUGUUGAUGUAUACAUUACAAAUUUCAGCUGUUUUUACUCCCUUCUUAGAAGAAUGUGUUGUUCUCACUAGAUGAAUGUUGCGUAAUUGUGUAUAUUUGUUUAUUAUUUGUAUAUAUAGACAUAUUUGAGUUUGUGUAUGAAAGAAAUAAAUACAAUGGUUCUUUAAUUAUA